CAGGGGCGGGCCGGGAAGGUGGAGAGGCGGAGAGGGGCGGGGUCAGGCCAGCCACAGGGGAGGGUCUAGCGGCGGCCCCCAGCGAGGUUCACUGCGCUUGCGCUGACAGACGCAAGAUGGCGGACAGUGCGGAACUAAAGCAAAUGGUUAUGAGCCUUAGAGUUUCUGAACUCCAAGUACUGUUGGGCUACGCUGGGAGAAACAAGCACGGACGCAAACACGAACUUCUCACAAAAGCCCUGCAUUUGCUAAAAGCUGGCUGUAGUCCUGCUGUACAAAUGAAAAUUAAAGAACUCUACAGGCGGCGGUUCCCACAGAAAAUCAUGACACCUGCAGACUUAUCCAUCCCCAAUGUACAUUCAAGUUCUAUGCCAGCAACUUUGUCUCCAUCUACCAUUCCACAGCUUGCUUAUGAUGGUCACCCUGCAUCAUCACCGUUACUCCCUGUUUCUCUUCUGGGACCUAAACAUGAACUGGAACUCCCACAUCUUACAUCAGCGCUUCACCCAGUCCAUCCGGAUAUAAAACUUCAAAAAUUACCAUUUUAUGAUUUACUGGAUGAACUGAUAAAACCCACCAGUCUAGCAUCAGACAACAGUCAGCGCUUUCGAGAAACCUGUUUUGCAUUUGCCUUGACACCACAACAAGUGCAGCAAAUCAGUAGUUCCAUGGAUAUUUCUGGGACCAAAUGUGACUUCACAGUGCAGGUCCAGUUAAGGUUUUGUUUAUCAGAAACCAGUUGUCCACAAGAAGAUCACUUCCCACCCAAUCUUUGUGUGAAAGUGAAUACAAAACCUUGCAGCCUUCCAGGUUAUCUUCCACCUACUAAAAAUGGUGUGGAACCAAAGCGACCCAGCCGACCAAUUAAUAUCACCUCACUUGUCCGACUAUCCACAACAGUACCAAACACCAUUGUUGUUUCUUGGACUGCAGAAAUUGGAAGAAACUAUUCCAUGGCAGUAUAUCUUGUAAAACAGUUGUCUUCAACAGUUCUUCUUCAGAGGUUACGAGCAAAGGGAAUAAGGAAUCCGGAUCAUUCUAGAGCUUUAAUUAAAGAGAAAUUGACUGCAGAUCCAGACAGUGAAAUAGCUACAACCAGCCUACGGGUUUCUCUGCUAUGUCCUCUUGGGAAAAUGCGGCUGACAAUUCCGUGCCGGGCCCUUACUUGUUCCCAUCUACAGUGUUUUGAUGCAACUCUUUAUAUUCAGAUGAAUGAGAAAAAGCCAACCUGGGUUUGUCCUGUCUGUGAUAAAAAGGCUCCAUAUGAACACCUUAUUAUUGAUGGCUUGUUUAUGGAAAUCCUAAAGUAUUGUACAGACUGUGAUGAAAUACAAUUUAAGGAAGAUGGCUCUUGGUCACCGAUGAGAUCGAAAAAGGAAGUACAGGAAGUUUCUGCCUCUUACAAUGGAGUUGAUGGAUGCUUGAACUCCACACUUGAGCAUCAGGUGACUUCUCACCACCAGUCCUCAAAUAAGAACAAGAAAGUAGAGGUGAUUGACCUGACCAUAGAUAGUUCAUCUGAUGAAGAAGAAGAAGAGCCUUCUGCCAAGAGGACUUGUCCCUCCCUAUCUCCUACAUCACCACUAAAUAAUAAAGGCAUUUUAAGUCUUCCACAUCAAGCAUCUCCAGUAUCCCGCACCCCAAGCCUUCCUGCUGUAGACACAAGCUACAUUAACACCUCCCUUGUCCAAGACUAUAGGCAUCCUUUCCACAUGACACCCAUGCCUUAUGACUUACAAGGAUUAGAUUUCUUUCCUUUCUUAUCAGGAGACAAUCAGCAUUAUAACACCUCCUUGCUUGCUGCUGCUGCAGCAGCAGUUUCUGAUGAUCAAGACCUCCUACACUCGUCUCGGUUUUUUCCGUAUACCUCCUCGCAGAUGUUUCUCGAUCAGUUAAGUGCAGGAGGCAGUACUUCUCUGCCAACCACCAAUGGAAGCAGCAGCGGCAGUAACAGUAGCCUUGUAUCCUCCAACAGCUUAAGGGAGAGCCAUAGCCACACCGUCACACACAGGAGCAGCACGGACACAGCAUCCAUCUUUGGCAUCAUACCAGACAUUAUUUCAUUGGACUGAUUCCCUGGCUCCUGCUGCUCCCAUCCCUAUCCCAGAUUAAAUGAACUUGGCAGAAAGAAGAGAACUUUGUGCUCUGUUUUACCUUAUUCUGUUUAGAGAAGUACACAGCGUGGUUUUUUUCCUUUUUUUUAGGGAAAAAAGAUUAAAAGAAAUGUACAGAGAACAAAACUAUAUUUUCAGUUUUACUUUUGUAUAUAAAUCUAAGACUGCCUGUCUGAUAAAACACUUGUUUAAAAAAAAAAAAAAGGAAAGAAAAGAAAAAACAAGCACCCACAAACCACCUUCAGUUCAUUUUUUCUGGAUUCUGAAGAUUUUUUCAUCAUUUGUCUUAUGGUUUUGGUUUUAUUUUACUUCAAUGGCAUUAUUUUAUCUGCAAUAACAGAAAAGGAAUUGCAUGUAUGAAGUUUUAAAUUGUGGGUUUUUCUUUGUUGUGGGGAGGGGGUUGAGGGGAUAGUUUGAUUUCCAUUUUCUAAAAAUGACAGACUUGGAUUCUGUGUGUGCGUGUGCAUAUUUCCAGCCUUAAGUUAUAAAGCUCAUCUGUCCCACUGCAUUCCCUUUGUAUUUUCAGGACAUAGCUCGUGGGAGCGUGUGUUCAGUGUGUGUGUCUGUGUGUAUUUUUCUGUCAUUACUGUUCACCUUCUUCCCAAGUGUGUGUUCAGUUAAUAUAAUCAGUUGCUUGCUUUUCUUAAAGUGCUUUGAAGGUCUUGAACUCACGUGUGAGCAUCUUUAUCGACUAUCCAAUUGCAUGUUCUCCAUCACAUAUUCUCUCUUAUUUGCUAUAUAUCCCUCUGAGAAUAUGUUUUAGAAAUAUUGGAAUAAAGCUGUCUGGGUAAGGAGUAGGCUUAACAGACCUGUGAAUAAUACACUUUAGCCUAGUUCUUUAUUCUAAAUCUGGAUGCCAGUAUUGUGUAUUUAAACCAAGUCUGUGAAUACCUGCUUUUUUUGCCCACAGAGUAACAAGUUUUCACGUAAGAUCUUUGUACCAAAGUAGGAAGUAAAAAUAGCUUAGAAAGCCUUGUUGGGUGUCUUGUGCAGCUGACAGCGGUAAGGUUUCAUCACUUCAAAAAGAAAGAUACACACUUAAUUAUCCUGAAAGUACAUUCAGUUUGGAAAAUACAGUGCACCAUAUGUGUCAGUCUGUAGAAAUCUAUUUGAUAAACAGUUGAAAUUCAAAAUGUAUUUGAUCCUUAAUCAUUUUUACUCUCUGGUUCUGAAUAUUUUCUUAGCCUCUCUACCUUGUUUAUUAUUUUUUCACCUUUUAACAAGUAUGACAUAGGAAAGUCAUGUUUUUAGUAUUUGUGGAUCAGUCUAAUCUCUUAUUCAUAAUGGAACAUGUAAAUAUAUUGAAAACUCUUUUUCAGGAGAUGAGUAAGGGUUGGAGGGAAGGAAAAGUGGUUCUACUUAUGUUCCGAGAUCCUCAUCUGAGAAGGUAUGAUGUUCUCCGGUGUGGAAAAUAUUUUUUAAUUGAUUGGGAAUGCAAGUUCAACAGAAAAGAUUUAACAAGGGCAUAAUGAUGGCCAAUUUUCCAGACUGGAUUUUUCUAUCACAACUGUUAAUGUUCUCAGAGUUGAUGAAGGACCACCUUUGUGUAUAAACUUCUAGUUUUACACUUUGCAUUGGUAACAAAAUGAUCUACUUUAAUACAGGUAGAAUUCAAGAUGACUGUGCCUCAGUUGUAUGAUAAUAUCAAUGGUUCACAUGACUGUGUGGCAUCUAAAAAUAAUACCUGUUUUUACAGCAUCUCUCUGCCACUAACUUGCUGACUUGAAGUUUGAAAAAAAGUUGGUGUUGAUAUGUAUAUGUGUGUGUGUAUAUAUGUAUUUAUAAACAAGUGUGUGUGAGUAACAAGUGAGUUACAUAGUCUUCCCCUACGCAUGUGUGUUCUACACAUAAAUGGCUGAGUUAUAGUCACAAAAACAAUUUGCAAUAAUAAGAAAAAAACAGAUUCAUUGUCAGUUAAAACAGGAAAUAGUUACAUUUUUAAAUUAAUCUGGUGUUGUGGUGAGCAAACACUUUAAGUACUUUCAUUGCCAUAUUAAUGUGGGCUAAUUUCUAAUAGUUCCAUAAUUUCUGUCUAAAUUUGGAUUGGGGUAGAAAUUACUAAAAUUGUGAGGAGUUAUUUCUGAUUUUACGUUAUAGUAGGAAAUAUUUCUAUUAAUUUAACUGUGAUAAAAUGAAUAGUUCUUUAUUUUUGUUUUUCUUUCUCUCAUUGUUGUCAGUGGUCUCAAAAUUCUGAUCAAUAACUUUGUGUUUGAUGCUGAAUUACAAUCUCUUUGAAUGAUCCAUUUGAAAACCCACCCCUGUACUUUAUUCAGCCCAGUUUUAAUUCAUUUCCCUUUGUCCUACAUUAUACCAGUCUAAGGGAAGAACAGGUAACAGGGAGAAGUAAAUGUCUGAUCAGUCAGUGGCAUUGGUCAUGUCUUCAUGGGAGAAACCAACCAUUCAGUUGUCUUUAUUUUUAGUUCAUUCCAGUCUGUGGGGGAUUCAUUUGCUUUAUUUGUUGACUCCAAAAUGUUGCAUUAAGUAAUAGUUAUCACUUUGUUGGUUGUUGCAUGAUCAAUACCAAUUAGACUUCAAUUAUCUGUAAUAAUUACUAGUAGAGUCAUGCACUAUAUCUUUAACUCCUACGUUAAAAAAAGAAAAAAGCACAUAGUCACUUCAUUUCUUUUUUUUUUUUUUUUCCUUAGCCCGCCCUGACUCCUCAACCCAUGCCAACAUGGACAUGCUGUCUGUGGACAAAUAGCAAUUCUGAGAAUCUUUAGUCAAGUUGCCACAAUCCCCCUUGCCUUGGUCUUUCGUAAUAGGUGUGCAUAUGUUUGUACUGUGUGUGCCUGUGUGUGUAUACAUCUGUAUGCACACAUCUUUGAUAAAGUAGCUGUUUGACUAGCAGAGUUGAAGUGGCUUUUAAUUACUUUGUAGGCAUUAUUGGACACAUCCUUUUCUAAAAAGCAAUCUGAAUUUUAACCAUGCUGCACUUGAUUGACUAACUUAUUUGGAGCAUUAAAAUUUUUUCUGUGGUUAAUUUAGACACCAUCACAAUUCUAUCAUUACUGACUUAGGGUAGAUCCUUAAGCUUCUGAAAAAUGUGAUUUCUUGACAGAUUUUCCUUUGAGUCAAGUGUCGGAAACUGAAUAAAAAUAUAUCCUAUUUGUAAGUUAAUGUGGAAAGAACAUUGUUUUUAAAACAAUUUUGAUUUGAAAUACAUAAAACUUAAAAGAUCUUCAGGACUUUUUAAAGCACAUUCAAAAUUAUUUUAGUAAGAGUUUUGUUUUACCAGUACAUGUUGAAUUCUGUUUUUUAAUUAAACACAAAGCUUAGAUUUCAGAAAGAGGGAAGGAGAUUAGCUGGUGGUCUCAGAGUGUGCUGCUGUUAAUUGUUUAAUUAACAAAGGGGAAAAUGUAUAUAAACAGAUAUAAAAGUUACCAUAAAUUCCAUGAACUUAAAUCUGUGAUUCAUUGCCUUAAAACUCUCUCUUAGAAUUUCCAUACCGCAUGCCAAACCAGUAAAAUGGCUUUUAAAAAUGUAUAGUAGACCAAUGUCAGUUUGUAUAAAAGUACUAAGUGAAAAUAUUUAUUACAUGCAUUGGAAAAAAAUUGUUUACCUAUUGAAUGUUACCUGUUUAUGUAGAGCUCUUUAGAUGUAAUAAAAGAAAAGCCUUCAGUUAA